AUGUCUAUAGUUGGCCUUCCUGUGGGCGCGCUCGAUCCCGCUCAACCGGCGCGGCUGCUCAGCUCCCCCGGUUCGAAACUGUCUUUCGCCACCUUCCAUCCUCUUACAGCAUCCUGUGGUCUUCAGAGAGCGCAGUUAAGAGGGGAUGAGCUAUGCAGCAAGAAGCGCGUCGUUAUCGAGACGUUGCCGGCUGGCGAGAGCUUCUGGAGGUGGAUACCGCGAGCAAAGGGCAUGGAAAACGCAGAUGACGAGGGCGAAUGGCCGAGAGUUGUGGACAUAUGUGGACAGCUUGUGAUGUGUUCACAAGACCAGUGGGAUAUUCACAAGCUGGACCCAGAGUACGACUGUACAGUACAACCUGCACCUACGCUUUCUACUAUAACGCGUCGUUCGUCAAAGACAACCAACGGUGCACCACAAACGCUACCUGCUAAGGCAAAGCGACCCUACGUCGAGGACUCUUCAGACGAGGAUCUGCCCAUGCCUGGCAAUAUCAAGAAGAAGCGUCACGCCCCCGUAGAACAGGAGGCUGAAGGCGACAACGGCUAUGACGACGACUUUAGCGACUCUGACGAGGAGGUGGAGAUGAUGGUCGAGAAUGUGGCUAGUUUUACGGCCGCUCGAGAGGCUCGCCGGAAGAGAACAGAAGAGAACCGCAGGAAACGCAGAGAGAAGCUGGCCACGACGAAGACUAAGCAGACUCAGAGCCCUAAUGAAGUUCAAGACUUGAGCAUGCUCGACCUUACCAUCACCGACACCCAGCCCACCGAGGAGACCCAGCCGUCACCGUACUCGAACCCGUCGUAUGCUUCGCAGCUUCCCUUGCACACAUCACAACCUCCGCAUACCGGCACCGGACACCCUACGAACACCGCAGAAGACUACACUGGUGGAACCCGGCCCAAUAAGCGCCAAAGACGUUCAGCACAUUCAAAUUCUGAUGUCAUUUUCAUUAUCGGUCUCGAGGCAGUCGGCUCGCAAAUGUCAGAUUCUCCACCCGCAGGCGACGGCAGUAGUAAUCCCCCCGUCUUCAAACGUACCCGUGACACUCAGGAUGUCCCUCCGUCCAAGCGCCCUCGCCACACCCAGUCGCCGUCAAGCAUGCGACAAGAGUAUGCGAAAAAGAAAUCUGGUCAUGAACGAUUUAAGCAGGGGAAGUAUAACGAGCGACUAGAGAAGAUGCGGCAAGAGCGCGAACGUAUUUUUGCGGAGACGCUGCGUGCUGAGAUGCCUCCGGGGUGGCGCAGCACUGGUAGCAGUACCUCUAGCACGACCAAUGAGCCGCUCCCAGAAGAAGACCCCAUAAGCCUAGAGGAAAAAAUUCGCCGCAUGAAGGAGAUAAACGAGUAUGAACGCGAGCGCCGUGAACGUGAAGAAGCUCAGCGGAGAGCAGAAGCUGCAGAGGCGGAGAAGAAGUACAAGCAGGAGGAGGCUCUCCGCCGCGAGCGCGAAAAGACAGAACGCCUGCGUCAGGAACGCGAGCGGAAAGAGGAGCAGCGGUGGAAGCAGCAGCAAGAAGAGAAGGAACAGCGGAGGCGGCAACAGGAGGGAGAGCAACGGCGGCAACAGGAGGAGCGCUACUCCUAUGGGCCCUGGACGACACAACGCGCCUUGGAACGCUACAAGACCCUUGCGGAGGCGUUCGAUGCCGUACAGUUCUCACUUGAGAAUCCCGUCUCGUUCGGUGCCGUGCCAUGGCCGGUGCUGCAUAAGCCUUCGAGAUUCACGGUCGAGGAUGUCGAUUGGACGGCCGUCGAAGCCUUCUUUGCCGCCGUACGCACGCACAUGCGUGCCGCGGACUACAAGACUUUCGUCGAGAAGGGCCACCGUCGCUUCCAUCCCGACCGCUGGCGGGCGCGGCGCGUACUACAAAGCGUCGAAGACGAUGAAUUGCGCGCAUGCCUCGAGGUCGCGGCCAACACUGUCGCACAGGCAAUCACCCCGCUCUGGAGAGAGGUGAAAAGCACGUGA